AUGGAGACCUUCUGCGAGACGGUGCAGUUUUACCUGAGGCACCUGGAGGACAGCGUGUACCCCGUGAUGACUGAGGACCAGUUUGCACUGAAGCUGUUCCCCAUGUAUCGCUACUUCGUGACGGUGUGGCUGCGGAACAACACCCCGGAGGUGAAGCUGGGGGUCAUCAAGUCCCUGAAGCCCAUGCUGAACCUCCUCCUGCCCAGGGAUGCCCUGCAGGACCAGGUGUACGACUCCAUCCCUCUGCUGCUGGCAGGGUACCAGGGCAGCCUGGAGGCGCUCUUUAUCACGCAGGUGAGGGGCCUGGGCUGGGGGGCUCAGGGUGGGGCUCCUGCCCGUGUGCCCGGCCGCAGGGCUGACCUCUCCACCCCCCUGCCCGCCCCUCCCCAGGUGUGCUCCAGGGCCCCCGCCCAGCAGCGGUUCAGCAGCGAGAACCUGGCGGAGAUCGUGCACUGCUUCAUAGCCCUUGAUGGAGAUGAGCAAGGAGGCCGUCCGCGUGGGGACCCUGGCCCUGAUCAGGACAGUGGUGAGCGCAGAUG